AUGCAAGAGUUGAGAAAUGACAUGAGACAGACGGAAACCGAGACAGUGCGUCUUCGACGUCAGCUUGAUGAAGUUGUUGCCAGAAUUGCAGAGAAUUUCGGGGACCCCCAAAAUAGUUUCCCUGAUCUGCCUUUGAUUAACGAAAUACCUCUCAUCAGUCAGUUCGAUAUUAUGAAGGAAUUUGAUGCUGUCAUGGAGCAACACUCGCUUCCUCAAGACCCCUUAAACGACUCAAAUAUCUCAAUGCAAGUCUUCUCAGCCGGAGAUGAUGACAAUAAACAGCCGGAAGAAGAUGAGAGUAGUGAUAGUGAGGAAGAGGGCUUCGCCAUAGCCGCGAGGGGAGGCUUCCGAGACCCUGCUGAUCUUGAAAAGAAUGGUUUGCGGCCGGUAUGGAGCACCUGGGAUGGCUAUCCUGGGGAGAUCCCGGAUGAUAUUGCUGAGUAUCUCGAUGAUGAUGGAGGCGCAGGUCCGAUCAAAAGCCUCUUUUGGAUUGGCGGCUAUGAUGAUAUCGUUGAAGCAAUCGACGAUCCUGCGUUUGUCAUCCAAGACGAAGUCCAGUUGGUGCCCUUCGGAGCCACCGUUGGAUAUCUCGUGGUCCGCUAUUGGGAGCAGGGUAAACUACCCGAAUACAUGAUGCUCCGAGAGAUGUACUAUGAUGCUUUUCUGGGCUUUCGGCACAAUUUUACCGUCUUCCCGGCGCAAGUGAACAGAAUCCCAAGCUCUAUAACGAACGACCCCCGGACACACAUACUACAGUCAUUGUACCCGCUCAGUAGGCCCCAGUGCCUCCCUCAAGCAGUACAAUGCUUCCGAGUGAAGGGGGAGAAGAACGAGGGCAAACAAACCAGAAACAUUCGAUCUUUGACUUCCGAUCUCUUCGACUCAGAUGAUUUGUGGUUUCGCGGUCUCACCUUGGCUGCGUUGACAUGCACACUCGCCUUCUUUAUUCCUGCACUGGCAACGAAGACACAUGAGAACGAAUUCGGACCAGGUAUUUACACAACCAACGACUUUCGAUAUGCACUCACAUAUUCUACUUUCACGGGGGCUGUAAUGGUCUUCAAAAAACCCGAUCUUCGGGGGCUCAAAGUUUGGGAGCCAACCGUUGAUCAAUGGAAUCAAUUGAUAGCGAUGUGGACCUGUUUACCUCUAUCUGGUGUAAGCGACAAAUUUCCACAGGAAUACAAGGAUGCAGACUUUAUUCGUGGACCGAUUUCUCAAUCAAACAAGAAGAGCAAUUUCCGCAAGAGAUGCGACAAAGACCAGCUUGUUGCAGUGAGCUACAAGGGGUGCGCGGUGUUGUCUGCGUCGCUCCACACAAUCAUCUACAUUGAACCCUGA